UCUCUCUUCUCCCAUCAGAGCCCGGUGCGGCUGACGGCGAGUGUGGGAGGCGAUGUGACCUGCCAGAGAAAAUGGCGGCGGCAGGAGGACCAGCGGCGGCGAAUCGCAUGUCCUCCUCGGUGGGAUUAUCGUCGGGGAACGAAGCCGCCGCCACCGCCGCCUCCUCCUCGGGGUCGUCCGCUGCAGCCGCCCGGAGCCCGAAGCCUGUGAGGAGCGGCGGCGGCACCGGCAGCGCUGGAAGCGGCGGCGGCGGCGUUGCUGGAGGACUCCCGACGAGAGACUCGGCAGGCAACUGCAGGGAGCCGCGCUCCGACUGGAGGCGGAAGCAGCUGCGCAAAGUGCGGAGCGUGGAGCUGGACGGGCUGCCGGAGCCCGCCGAAUGUCCGGCGCUGCCUCUCUGCCUCUCGGGGGCUGCCGCCGCCGCCGCCUCCUCCUUGGCCGUCCAGCCUGCGCCUCCGGCGCCGCGCUCCACCCCCGGCAGCCCCGCGGCGUCCCCCAGCCGCUGCUUCCUCGCCGCCGGCUCCCAGGACCAGCCGCCGGACGCCGGGAGCCAGACUGUAGGAGCGGGCACCGCCGAGAGGACCGCGGAGCCGCCGCCGCCGCCGCCCCCUUCAGCCCCAACCGGUCGUGACAUGGAGAAUAAAGAAACCCUCAGGGGGUUGCAGAAAAUGGAUGACCGCCCAGAAGAGCGCAUGAUCAGGGAGAAACUCAAGGCAACGUGUAUGCCUGCCUGGAAACAUGAAUGGCUUGAAAGGAGGAGUAGGAGAGGCCCUGUGGUGGUAAAACCAAUACCAAUAAAAGGAGAUGGCUGUGAAGCAAACAAACAACCGUCAGAACCUCCUCCUGAAGGACAAACAAGUGCUACUUCACCUACUCAAAAGGGAAGACGGAGCCCUUCUCCUAGCAGUUCCUCCUUCUCUUCUUCUAGGACUGCUAAAUCUGAAUCACCUGGUGUGAGAAGGAAGAGGGUAUCUCCUGUGCCUUUUCAGAGUGGGCGAAUAACACCACCCCGAAGAGCUCCAUCUCCAGACGGCUUCUCACCAUAUAGUCCUGAGGAAACAAGUCGGCGGGUCAACAAAGUCAUGAGAGCCAGAUUAUACCUCUUACAGCAGAUAGGACCCAAUUCCUUCUUGAUAGGAGGAGACAGUCCAGAUAAUAAAUAUAGGGUAUUCAUUGGCCCUCAGACCUGCAGCUGUGGGCGUGGAACAUUUUGCAUUCAUCUGCUGUUUGUUAUGCUGCGAGUGUUUCAACUUGAAUCUUCAGAUCCGAUGCUCUGGCGAAAGACCUUGAAGAACUUUGAGGUUGAGAGUUUGUUCCAGAAAUAUCACAGUAGGCGUAGCUCAAGGAUCAAAGCCCCAUCUCGUAACACCAUCCAGAAGUUUGUCUCACGCAUGUCAAAUUCUCAUACAUUGUCAUCCUCUAGUACGUCUACAUCUAGUUCAGAAAACAGUAUCAAGGAUGAAGAAGAACAGAUGUGCCCCAUUUGCUUGCUAGGAAUGUUGGAUGAAGAGAGCUUGACUGUCUGUGAAGAUGGCUGCCGAAAUAAACUUCACCAUCACUGCAUGUCCAUAUGGGCAGAGGAAUGCAGAAGAAACAGGGAGCCUCUUAUAUGUCCGCUUUGUAGAUCUAAAUGGAGAUCUCAUGAUUUCUAUAGUCAUGAGUUGUCAAGCCCUGUUGAUUCUCCUUCUGUUCUUCGUGUGGUCCAGCAGCAAACUCCGCAAGCUACAACUGGUUCCCCAAGAAGGAAUCAAGAUAGUAACUUUAACCUUACUCAUUACGGGGUUCAGCAAAUUCCUUCUGCCUAUAAGGACUUAGCUGAGCCAUGGAUUCAGGUAUUUGGAAUAGAAUUAGUCGGCUGCUUGUUUUCUCGAAACUGGAAUAUACGUGAGAUGGCCCUUAGACGUCUUUCCCAUGAUGUUAGUGGUGCUUUGUUGUUGGCUAAUGGUGAAAGCACUGGAAAUUCUGGAAGCAACAGUGGAAACGCCACAAGUGCUGGAAAUCUAGGAGCAGCUAGUGGGUCAUCACAGACCAGUAUUUCAGGCGACGUUGUUGUGGAGUCCUGCUGUAGUGUACUUUCCAUGGUCUGUGCUGACCCUGUCUACAAAGUGUAUGUUGCUGCUUUAAAAACAUUAAGAGCCAUGCUGGUAUAUACACCCUGUCACAGCCUUGCAGAGAGAACAAAAUUGCAACAACUUCUAAAGCCAGUUGUAGAGACUAUAUUGGUGAAAUGUGCAGAUGCCAACAGCCGCACAAGCCAACUUUCAGUUUCAACCCUCCUGGAGAUGUGCAAGGGGCAGGCAGGAGAGCUGGCAGUUGGCAGAGAAAUACUUAAAUCUGGGUCCAUUGGCAUUGGUGGUAUUGAUUUCGUCUUAAAUUGCAUUCUUGGAACACAACCUGAAUCAAACAAUUGGCAAGCACUGCUUGGACGUCUUUGUCUUAUAGACAGACUGCUGUUGGAGUUUCCUGGUGAAUUUUAUCCCCACAUUGUCAGUGGAGAUGUAUUACAGGCAGACACUGUAGUAGACAGGUAUAAAAAGCUGCUGUUGCUGUUGAGCUUUGCUCUGCAGUCCAUUGACAACUCCCACUCAAUGGUUGGCAAAUUGUCACGGAGGGUGUUCUUAAGUGCUGCCAGAAUGGUUGCAAGAGUGCCCCAUGUGUUUGUAAAACUAUUAGAAAUGUUAAGUAUGACAAGCUCAACACAUCACACAAGAAUGCGUCGGCGGCUGAUGGCUAUAGCGGAUGAAAUGGAAAUUGCGGACGCCAUCCAGCUAGGUAUGGAGGAGAUUCAUUCCACUGAAUGCAGGCUUGACUUUGCACAGCCUCUGGUUCCUGAUAACUCUCCAGAGUCAACAGAGAGCAAUACUCCCAAUGACACAAUCCAGUUAUCAGGGAAAAAUGGGAAAAGUUUGGGUGAUAAAAAACUAAGUGCCAGUCCGGAGGACAUUUCUGAGACGGUGGCUGGUAUUUCCUUAGGACUUCCUGCUUCUUCAGGAACUAUGGAGCAACCAAAGCCAGCCAUUCAAACAAAAGGUAGACCCCAUAGUCAGUGUUUGAACUCAUCUCUCUCAUCCUGUCAUGCUCAGUCAGUAUUCCCAACUCUGCCUUCUCCCACUACUCCAUCUGUAACAUCAGGAUCUGAUGUUUCUAAACUCAGACCUCAGGGAUUUGUUCCCUGCAAAAUACCCUCUGCUUCUCCUCAAACGCAACGAAAACUUUCUCUCCAGAUUCAAAGAAGCUGUGCUGAACAUAAAGAAUCGGAAAAACUUUCCCCAGUCUUUACACAGGCCAGGCCUAUGCCAUUCAGUCAUAUACACCGGCCAAAGCCAUCUCGACCUACUCCAUGUGACACAAGCAAGCAGGGAGAAACCUCCAAAAAUAGCAUGACACUUAAUUUAAAUGAUAUAUCACAGUGUGAUAGUAGUAGUACUGCAGUAAUACCAAGUGAAGAGACUGUUUUCACCCCAGUAGAAGAGAAACGUGGUCAACUGGAUAUUAAUACAGAGCUCAAUUCUAGUAUGGAGGAUUUACUUGAGGCAUCUAUGCCAACGAGUGAUGGAACAGUCACGUUCAAGUCUGAAGUGGCAGUUCUGUCUCCGGAACGAGCAGAAAAUGACAACACAUACAAAGAUGAUGUAAAUCAUAAUCGGAAAUGUAAGGAAAAGAUGGAAGCUGAAGAGGAGGAAGCUUUAGCUAUUGCCAUGGCAAUGUCGGCAUCUCAAGACGCUCUUCCAAUAGUUCCUCAACUGCAGGUUGAAAAUUGUGAAGAUAUCAUCAUAAUUCAGCAGGAUACACCAGAGACCCUGCCUGGGCAUACCAAAGCAAAGCACCAUUACAGGGAAGAUAUGGAAUGGCUUAAAGGUCAACAGAUUGGCCUUGGUGCCUUUUCUUCAUGUUAUCAAGCUCAGGAUGUUGGAACUGGAACAUUAAUGGCAGUGAAACAGGUGACAUAUGUCAGGAAUACAUCAUCUGAACAGGAAGAGGUGGUAGAGGCUCUGAGGGAGGAGAUAAGGAUGAUGAGUCAUCUGAAUCACCCUAAUAUCAUUCGAAUGUUGGGUGCUACGUGUGAAAAAAGCAACUACAAUCUCUUUAUAGAAUGGAUGGCAGGGGGAUCCGUUGCUCAUUUGUUAAGCAAAUAUGGAGCCUUUAAAGAGUCUGUGGUUACAAACUACAUAGAACAGUUGCUUCGUGGCCUUGCUUAUCUGCAUGAGAAUCAGAUCAUUCACAGAGAUGUCAAAGGUGCUAAUUUGCUGAUUGACAGCACAGGCCAUAGAUUAAGAAUUGCUGAUUUUGGAGCUGCAGCAAGAUUGGCAUCUAAAGGAACUGGUGCUGGAGAGUUUCAAGGACAGUUGUUGGGGACCAUUGCAUUUAUGGCACCUGAGGUGUUGAGAGGCCAACAAUAUGGUAGGAGCUGUGAUGUGUGGAGUGUUGGUUGUGCUGUUAUAGAAAUGGCUUGUGCUAAACCCCCCUGGAACGCAGAGAAACAUUCCAAUCACCUUGCUUUGAUUUUUAAGAUUGCCAGUGCAACUACAGCUCCAUCAAUCCCGCCACAUCUGUCUCCAGGCUUAAGGGAUGUGGCGCUUCGGUGUUUGGAGCUUCAACCUCAGGACAGACCCCCAGCGAGGGAGCUGCUGAAACACCCUGUCUUCCGCACUACGUGGUAGUUAGCUAUGUGAACGUGGGGAUACACUGAACGUGAUGCUACUGAAUCUAGAACAGUGCUGGUCUUCCUGUGCAGUUUUGCACGGCAGUAUGUAUUAACUGCUCUGCUGGCCUUAAUUAUACAUUUUGAGGACACGAGGCCAGCAGAGGGCCUGUACUUAAGUAUGUGACUGACAAAUCGCAAUCUUUACCUAAGCUCAGUAUGCAACAUUUCACAGAUCAUGCAGAAAUAUGUAAACUGUGCCUUUCUUAAAGAUCUGGCUCUUGGUGAACAGGAAAGCAAUUGCUCUUUUAAAUCUGCAUGAUUUUUCAGUGGAAGAAGUGAUGAUUUUAUUUUAUUUUGGAGCACUUUUUCAGCAAUAUUAGCAGCUGAGGGGCUCAGAAGCCAUUUUUAAAAACUGCAAUCACUGUUCCAUUUCACACCAUGCAAAUGUCCGCAGUAUGAGCUCUGCAACCCAGUUUAACUUGUUUUCAUCACUGGUCAUAAAAAAAAAAAAGUUCAGUGUCUGUGCAUUAUGAUUUCACGAAGCUUGUUCUUGAGUGGAGAAAGAAAUGUUGGAUAGUUUUGAAACCACAUUUUGCCUUCCUAAGAGUCACUGUACAUGGCAGUUGUGGUUCACUGUGCAUUUACUGCUAGCCUUGUAACUUCCCUUUGGAAGCUAUGGUUCUGUGCUUUCAUUUUAUCCUUUGUUUCUUAUUCAGGGAAAAAAUGAUCUUUUAAAAACAUACCCAGAAUAGCUAGAACUAGGUUCAAGCUAAAUAUUGCUGGAUGGCUUCUUGGUGUACAAGACUGUGAUACAGACUGAAAUCUGGAAUAAAGUGCUGUCCUCAAGUCAGUGUUUCAGACAAGAUACUGGACAGGGAAAUAUGUAAUUGUUUUGAAGAACAGAACUUGUAACCAAGGGUCAAAUUAAUGGUUAGGUUUUGGAGCCUCUGUCAUGUAAACAUUCUCUUGGUAAAGUGAUGUAGAAAAGUUUUGUGUCAAGCCUGCUGCCACCCAGCUCCCAUUUUAGUCAGCUUUUAAUGGGAGCUGAAGCUUUAAAUCAUUCUUUACUCUCAAUUUAGCACUGCAUUCAUGUCCACUGUUGAUAUGUUUUGCCUGCUGUUUUCCUUCUGCCAUACAUCUAUCUGUUUACAGUUGCAAAUGCUAAUUAUGUAAUUGGGUGAUUUUUUUUUCUUUUUCUUUUAAAAAAACCCUAAUUUUAAAAUAAAUUUUACAGAAAAAUGAACUUGGGGUGGGGGACAGACCUCCUCAAACAUAAUGUGAAGAAAUGCUUCACCAGGAGUGCAAAACUACUUUUUAGCAUAUAUGUCUUUUAAUUGUUUUAUGAUGGUUUUAAGGACAGAUCUUUAGAUUCUGAUGCAUGGAAUAUUGAAGGAAAAUGGCAGCUGUUCUUUUGCUUUUUGAGUCAUUUUGAGAUAAAUUACUGAUUGUGUUUAAUCAACUUUGUUAAAUAACUGUUCAAGUUUUAACUCUUCAGAAGCCAGUUGAAUUAUUGACCGGAAAUUGGUUAUACUCAAAGACUCAGGACAAACUAAAUAAGCUAUAGUACUGUACAUUAUUAACAAUGUACAACUUGCAAAUUGGAAGCAAAACAAGUGAAAAGUUUACAGCAAUGAUCAUGCUAGCAUUAACUAAAAGCAAUGUCAUUAAAUGUGGAUGUGUAUUUCUUCUUGAAAUACUAUAUUCCUUUGCUUUUUGAAGAUUGGCAGACUUUGAAGAGUUAAAAUCGAAAUGUGAAGUUUGGUAGCUCUGUUUUUGUAUUUGACUUCUGUUUCUUGACAGUUUAGAAUUCUUCAUUAUUCUAAUCAGAUCAUUUCCAAGUCUCUCUUGUGUGCAAGCUUUAAAGGAUGCACUCUUGCCAAUUCAUGUACUGGAAAAUCAGUUGUCAGAUUAAUGCAUUUCUGACAAAAAUGUCAAUUGUAUAAACUGAUGAACCUCAGCUAAUCAGUAUUACCUUUUUAGAUCACCAUGUCUACCACAAAUCAAACUCAAACUGCCUCUAGGUGUCUAAAUGCAUCGUUUGAGUUUGUUUGCAUUUCCCUCAGCUUGCUGGUAAUUGUGGUGUUUUUUUUUAAUGCAGAUGUGAUGUAAUCUUAUUUUCUUUGGAUCAAAGCUGGACUGAAAAUUGUAUUGUGUAAUUAUUUUUGUGUUCUUAAUGUUAUUUGGUACCUAAGUUGUAAAUAACGUCUACUGCUGUUUAUUCCAGUUUCUACUACCUCAGGUGUCCUAUAGAUUUUCUUCUACCAAAGUUCACUUUCACAUUGAAAUUAUAUUUGCUAUGUGACUGAUUCCUAAGACUUCCAGGGCUUAAGGGCUAACUUCUAUUAGCACCUUACUGUGCAAGUAAAUUUUAAAGAUCUCUGGGUUAAGAAAAUUUGGCUUCAUUAUAUCCUUUGUUAUUUUAAAUAUAUCAAGAUAUUUUAAUUAAAAGUUUUUACCCCGUUGAACCAAUUUUAUAGUAUAAUUUGUACCUAUUUUGGUGGUUUUGUCUUUAUAGUAAAUAAAAGAUUUUGGACAAAA